CGAGCGGCGCGGUGCCAUGUGCGCCCCGGGGCUGCUCUGCCGCCUCCUCCUCCUCCUCUUCUUCCUCCUGCUCCUGCUGCCACCUGCCCCCGGAGGGGCCCCGCCGGGACGGCCCCGCGCCCGCCGCGGGCUCACCUACCCCGGGACGCUGUGGUGUGGUGCGGGCAGCAACGCGGACAGCUACGAGCAGCUGGGGGAGCACCGGGACACGGACCGGUGCUGCCGGGAGCACGACCACUGCCAGCACGUCAUCCACCCCUUCACUGUCAACUACGGCUACCGCAACCUGCGCUGGCACACCACCAGCCACUGCGGGGACACGGACCGGUGCUGCCGGGAGCACGACCACUGCCAGCACGUCAUCCACCCCUUCACUGUCAACUACGGCUACCGCAACCUGCGCUGGCACACCAUCAGCCACUGCGACUGCGACCUCAGGCUGAAGGAGUGCCUGCGGCAGGUGAACGACACGGCCUCGCGGGUGGUGGGCCAGGCCUUCUUCAACGUCAUCCAGGUGCCUUGCUUCGAGUUCACCUACAGGGAGGAGUGUGUGGAGCCCUAUCUCUAUGUCUGGUGCAAGACGUACAAGACGGUGGCCGUGGCGGUGCCCCGAGAGCCGGUGCUGUAUGAAUUUGGGGGGGAGCUCAUUGACCGGGCUGCCAGGCCCAGGGGAGUCCCCCUGAGCCCCCCCUGGGGCAGCACAGGGGGAGGAGCCCUCCCGGUGGAUCAUCACACCCCCAAGGCAGUCAAGAAAGAGAGGAAGAGAAAGAAAGAUAAGAAAAAUAAGGGGAAAGGUCUGAAAAAGAAAGGCUCUUCUGAAAAGGGGGCACAGAGCCAUCCUGCAGUUGCUGCCCCUGCUGAUCCCUGGGCCCUGCUGCCAUCCUUGGGGGAAGCAUCCAACACCAUCCUGAGUGAUGCCCCUGCACGGGAGAGAGUGGGCAGGGAGCCAGUGCCAGCCACUCCCUCCCCAGUCCCCACCACCAGCGGCAAGAGGAGGAGGAAGGAGAGGAACAGAAAGAAGAGGCUGAAGAGUAAAACUGAGGCUGAGCCCGCACAAGAGCUGCAGCUCUGAGUCCCACCUGAGC